AUGGCAAAGCUUUUCCAUUUCCUUCCUCUUUUCUGCCUCAACCUAUUCUUCAUUGUAGUUUCAGCUCAAACAGCUAUAUCUCCAGCCCCAUCAGGACCAUUGAACAUAACAAAAGUCCUAGAAAAAGCAGGACAAUUCACAACAUUCAUCAAGCUACUUAAAGCAACACAAGUAUCCGAUCGAAUCAAUUCGCAGCUCAACAAUUCAAACCAAGGCUUAACAAUUUUCGCACCAACCGAUAAUGCAUUCUCAAACCUAAAAUCAGGAACUUUAAACUCGAUAAGCACACAAAACCAGCUUCAACUUUUGCAGUUUCAUAUUCUACCAACACUUUACACAAUCUCGCAGUUUCAAACUGCUAGUAACCCCUUACACACGCAAGCCGGAAACAGUGACGAUGGAGAGUAUCCUCUUAAUGUUACUACUUCUGGAAAUCAAGUUAACGUGACUACUGGUGUGGUUGAUACAACUGUUUCUAAUACUAUUUAUAGUGAUAGUCAGCUUGCAGUUUAUCAGGUUGAUCAAGUGCUUCUUCCUAUGGCACUUUUUGGACAAGCACCGACGGCUGCGCCUGCGGAGGCGCCUGCACCGACUAAGCCGGAGAAAAGUGUUCGGGCUUCUGAUGCUCCGAAAGGAUCGAAGGAUAGUCCGGCUGAUGAUUCUAGUGCUGUUGGUUUGAAUGGCUAUGCAGGUGUUACAUUGUUUGCUGCAAAUGUUGUUGUUUCUUAUUUGUGGAUGUAA